GUUUGCGCUGAUCGUGGCGCUGUCCGUGGUGCUUUUUGAACCUCGACGCGGCUCGUUUUUCAGUCUUUAUGUGGCACCAUCCGCAAGUAAGACGCGUUCACUGAGGUAUAAAGAACGGGGCGGCGUUCCCUAGUAGUGUUAGCUCCUCAAGUCAGUGGCUUGCGAGAGCUCGCUCUACUAGUACGCUUUUGCGUCUUUUUCACAUAAAUAGUUGCGAAAAACAACAGUUAUGUUUACUCUCUCGGAGUUUAUGGUCAUUUUAGCUAUGUUAUCCGUCACAGUGUCAGGUUACUUUGUAAGCAUAGACGCUCAUGCAGAAGAAUGUUUAUUUGAACGAGUCAACUCUGGUACCAAGAUGGGCCUCAUGUUUGAGGUGGCCGAAGGAGGUUUCCUUGACAUCGAUGUGGAGAUCACGGGUCCAGAUGGGAAGCAGAUUUAUAAAGGAGACAGAGAAUCCAGUGGAAAGUACUCUGUGGCUGCCCAUAUGGAUGGCACAUACAAGUUCUGCUUCAGCAAUAAGAUGUCCACCAUGACGCCCAAGAUCGUCAUGUUUACCAUUGACAUCGGAGAGGCCCCCAAGGGAGACGGCAUGGAGACGGAAGGUGGUGGAGACACUUGGGACGCCCACCAGAACAAGCUGGAGGAGAUGAUUAAUGAGCUAGCAGUUGCCAUGACAGCAGUAAAACACGAACAGGAAUACAUGGAGGUCCGAGAGAGAAUACACAGAGCAAUUAAUGACAACACAAACAGCCGAGUGGUGCUUUGGUCCUUCUUUGAAGCUCUUGUGUUGGUAGCCAUGACCCUGGGACAGAUCUACUACCUGAAGAGAUUUUUCGAAGUGCGGAGAGUUGUGUAAAACAAGGCUCUUUUUUUUUUUUUUUUUUUUUUUCCAACUCAAGUGAUUCAUCAUUCACUUGAACCAUUAGCCGCACCAUACUUCAAAAUAGGAAAUCAAACAACCUCUAAAGCUUUUUCCUUGUCCAAUCUCAUGUCUCUGUUUUCCUCUUCACGUACUUCAGGCCAUGGUACAAUGUAUGUUUUUCCUCUCGAGGAGAACUGUCUUUGCAUUGACUCCUCAGACUUUGAUAUCAAUAGCACUGAAGAGGGUAUUAUACAAUUUUGAUCAAGAAGAGUUUGAGUAUUUAUGCAUUCAAACCCACUGCCCUAAAACUCCAGAUGCCAGGAGGAGCUUUUGUCCUCAUCUUAGAGAAGGAGUAAGUUGUGGACACAUUAAAUACAACACUGGGCAUGGAAUGAUGUUAAUUGUUAGACAACUGUUCAGCUUGCUCUAGAUGUUUUUGAGGGAGUUUAUUUUGUUGUACGACUACGUUUUUUAACACCUACCAUGCCAAUCAGUCACAGUAUGCAUAUUUAAUGGGAGAAAGUACAAAGUAAUGGCAUAUAAUCGUACUGUAUGUAUUUUAAGAUUGAUGUUACAUUUUGGGGUAAGAUGCAGUACAAGAAAAGCCUUGGUGUGAGAUCUGAGCUAUUGUUGCCAGUUUGAAGUAGUUGCUUGAGCAUUUUUAUAUUGUACUAGUAUUGUACUUUUAUCAAAUGAGGACAAUUUUGUACAGAUUUUAUUCUAGUUUGUAUUGGUAGUUAUGUUCAAGGUUUGUGUAAUUCUGGGUAAAUCGGUGACAAUGGUCAUAACGGGGUGAAUAACUUCUGCGAUACAGAGCUCAGACAGACUUUGAGGAGUCAAGUUAACAUGGUGAUGAACAACUUAUGACCCAAAUCCUGUUCAUAAUAAAAUGUCUCCUUCUCCUCUUGA